GCCCCGGCCCCGGCCCCGGAGGGGAGCCCCGUCCCGCCCCCGCCCGCAGCCGCGGCCGCACCUGCCUCGAUAUGAAUGGGGUCAGCGACCCGCCUCUCUUUAUAAAAGACAUUAAGCCCGGACUGAAAAACUUAAAUGUCGUCUUUAUUGUCCUGGAGAUAGGACGCGUGACCAAAACCAAAGACGGCCACGAAGUGAGAUCCUGCAAAGUAGCAGAUAAAACGGGCAGCAUCACGAUCUCCGUGUGGGAUGAGAUCGGAGGGCUCAUACAGCCCGGGGAUAUUAUUCGGUUGACCAGAGGGUAUGCAUCCAUGUGGAAAGGGUGUUUGACACUUUAUACUGGAAGGGGUGGAGAACUUCAGAAAAUUGGGGAAUUUUGUAUGGUUUAUUCAGAAGUGCCAAAUUUCAGUGAACCCAACCCAGACUAUCGAGGACAACAGAGCAGAGGGGCACACAAUGAACAGAAGAGUAAUUCCAUGAAUAAUAAUAUGGGUACAGGUACAUUUGGACCAGUGGGAAAUGGGGUUCAAAGUGGCCCAGAAUCAAGGGGAUGCCAAUUUUCAUAUGCUGGUAGAAGCAAUGGCCGGGGACCUACAAAUCCACAGCUACAAGGAACUGCUAAUAAUCAGACAGUCAUGACCACAAUAACAAAACUGUUAAGCUGCUCAAGUCUCCUGUUGAAGAAUUUGAAGAAUGGGAACACUCUGAAAAGGAAGCCUCCAAAACCAAAGCAAAGUGAAUUACAGUCCAUAAUGAAUAUUUGCCCUACCAGUCUGCUUGGACGGUACUCAUCAAGAAGAGGAAGAAAGUUUUCUACCUUCCUCUUUUCCUGGUGCUUUGACCUGUGAAUUUUUAAAUGUCUAAACACCUACCAAAAACAAAAACCAUGUAGUCUAGAAAUACACAGCCUGCUAGGAUUGGGUCCCGUUUCAUUUCUGCAAAGACACUUCGGAAGUGAUUUGAAGUCUCAUCAGCCCGCUGGCCCCUCCUCUCUGGGCCAACUUUUUGGGUAGUGGCUACAAUACAGAAACGGGAAGAUGAACUCCUAAAUCCAGAGGAUGAUGUGUAAUAUUGAGGGUUGCAGCGCACAUUCCCAUAGGCAUUUACCCAGGGUUUCCUGUAGUUUACUACCUCUUUUUUUUUUUUUGCUUUUUUUCCUAUAGGUUUUUUUAGUAAUCUGCUUUAACUUUGAAGACCGUUUUAACUUGAUGCCCUGAAUGUUUUUAGUACUGAGUCCUUGUCACUUGUGUUAUCAUUUAAUAUUUUAAAAGAACAUUUAAUUCUGGGUUGAGUAAUAAUGCUAAAAGGAUGAUGCUGAGAACAAAUAAAUGUGGGGUUAAUAUAAAGUUAUGAUUAUGAGAACAUUUAAAGUAUAGGAAGCUGGUUAACUGGCCCUAUACAGUGUUCUCAGAAGUACAAAUUGACUGUUUUAUGACAGUCUGAAGACACAAUGGCACUUUUAAGUCCAUAUAGGUCUGGCAUUCUAGUUCUAGAAAUGACUUCCCUUUUUUGUUAUGAAAGUGAUUACUGUUUGCUCCAGGCAACUUAGGGCUCCCCUGUGACUCUUAAGAUCCUUAAGACAGCAAACCCUGAAAACCAUAUGAAAGCAGAAUCAACAUGGAGCACUUGCCCAGCCUCAGUCUGUUUUGCCUCUAGGCUUUUUCUUGGGAUUACUUGCCCUACGAUGGCUUUUAUAGAAAUGUAUUAUUCUUUAAUCCUAUCUGAUGAAAGUCUUAACAUUUCUGGUAGAAAAGAGAGUUACAGUUCUCUAGUAGGGGCUAUGGGAGGGGUAAAGGCAGAUGUACUUGGCUGUGGUGAAAACCAGGCUUCAGCCAAUGAUUAGAUGUUAGGGUAAGGACACUCCCACGUUUCACAAGGUAGUUGUAAUGAUUAACAGUUCAGGUAUACUUCUGAGGAAAUCUAAUUGUGACCUUUGGAAAACAGCACUGUCGUGAAUGCUACGUUGUUAGGUCCCAAGGGAGAAGCUUAGGAAAAUAUUUUACUUUCCAGGCAUAUUCAGCUUUUCUCCAAAUUCAUUGAAGUUAAAAAAACAAAUUCAUUGAAGAACCAAAUCACUCCAGGUUUCUGAGCUAAAAGGGUCAAUGUUUCUCAAAGCAUAGGUCACAAACUAAGAGACUAGGGGAAAUCAAGUCCAGACCGUCCCCCAAUAAGCCAUUCACUUAGCACUUUUCUCCUUAAGAACACGAGGCCCAAAGAUGUUCCUAAGGGCUCUUUGCCACUGUAAGACGGUAGCAAAGUGAACGUUUUAACAAGUUGGACUCGUAGACCUGUAAGCCUUUUGGAAAGGUCUUGAAAAGUAACCCACAACUAGUACGGCUCCACAAGUUUAGUAUAUGUGCUGCCGAAGUGAGCACAACUCCACAAGUUUUAAGACCAUGCCGACCCAAGGCCGCCAACCCAAGGCUGCAGUAGACUCCGGUGUCUUGAGAGGCCACCUUCACACCACAGUCCUCAACAUGACAGAGACCAGAUCAGCUGAAGGAUCUGGCAUGCCUUUAGAAGCCAGUCUUUUUAACUAUUUCCAACCAGAAGUCCAGCACCUUUUUGUUUGACUCCACUGAAAUCUUUUGAGUGGAAAAGUUCAGUUUCUUGUCCAUCUGUUGGAUAUGUUGAGUGAAACGGACAUAGUGGUUUCUAAGCCACUUCUGUGAGAUUUCCCUCAGGAACCCGUUGGAGGUACGAGUUGCUGCUCUUCUCUAUCAGAAGGAUUUUUUUAAAGUGUGGGUCUUGGUAGAGCAGCACUUGAAAUAAUGGCCUUGAGGAUUUUUGUCUCCUGCCCUUGAUACCUUCCCCAACACAAAUAACUUGAAAGGCCUAUACAAUUUCUUUGUGAGGCUAGACUCUACCAAAGUUCCGUUUUAUAAAACAUGGAGAAAUUGUAGUUCGAUGCUUCCAAAGGGCAGAGCUGAGUAAAACAGGGUAGUCUUGAGUAUGGCCUCUGGGUGUGAGCUGUGUUUAAUUUUGAAUUAGGUUCAAGCAGAAAUUUCAAAUUAUGAGAAUACUAAAAUCAGAUCGUCUACAGUGCAGCCCCCUAACUUCAUUUGGGCCUAUAUCAAAAGGCUUUUUUCAACCUAGGUUUCUGUUAAGCUUUUUUGAGAAUAGAUUUUAUUAGUGCUUAUCUCAGCAAAUAUACUUUGAUAGCAUCUUCAACUCUCUCUUGCCCCCAGAGCAUUCCUCAGUCCCCUACUAUAUUUGUGCAGAGAGGCUGGCCAAAGUGAAAAGUAGUGGUGUUGGGGGCAUGAUGAGCAUUCCUAGGAGUGCCUAAUAGAAGCCACCACCUAGAGAUCUCAGUCUUGUUCUGUACGCAGCUAAAUAUUCACUAGUGAUCUGCAAGGCAUCACUUGGUAGCUAUGGUGGCUGGUCUUCUAGGUUUCAAAUAAAACCCUAGUAGGAGAGGAAGACCUCUGACCUAGGUCCUAGGACUAAGCAAAAAUAAAAUCAGUAGUCGGCUCGGCUAGUGCCAUCUACUGGGUGAUUAUAGUUUCUGCAGCUGAGGAAUCUGGCUCAACACGUGGGCGAAAGGUUUUCAAGGUUUCUUUAUUCCAUUGGCUAAGAAUUUCUGAUGGCCUCAUGGUACAGAUCACUAGGGAGUAGUUGAGCCAUCUAGUUCUAAUUUAUGAACCAGCAACACCCUGACAUCAAAAGUAAGUUCCCCUCAGUUAAACGGGCUUAUUAAACCCCGAACUGCCCCCAAAGCUAUAGAAAAUAUGGAAAAGUUUACCAAACUUUGCGUUCUUAUUACAUUUGUCAACAAUACUGGUAGGGAGUGUAAACUUAAAAAUACUUUUUUGGUGGGUGGUGUUUUGGUGUUUUGGUAAAAACAGCUGAAGUAGAACAUGAAACUGCCUUUAUUUGUAAAACCCUAGCCAAAUGACUGCGCUGUUCUUGUAGGGAUGUUAACUUUGCAGGACGUAACUUGUUUUAAAUUUCCGUGACGAUGUGCGUUAGUGAAAAAUAGUCUUGAGCUGAGUGAUCUUGGUUUGAGUCCUAGAUCUGUUUACCGGCUCCAUGACCGUGAGCCUUGUUAUGAAACGAAGAUGAUGGGGCUCUGAGGACUGUGUGAGCCAGUGUGCAAAACACAACCAUAUCAAGGGCUCAGCAAACAUUAACUGCUCUCCAUGAGCAGUGGAAAUAGGCGACUACUGAUGAUUUUUCUCAUGCCUUGAGAAGACAAUCCUAUUUGACAUCUGAAAUCUUAGGCAACUUGUAUCUGUUAUCGCAGUUAAGUUGUUUUUGUUUUUGUUUUGGAGAUUUUAUUUAUUCAGGAGACAGAGAGGCGAAGACCCAGGCAGAGGGAAAAGCAGGCUCCAUGCAGGGAGCCCGACGCGGGACUCGAUCCCAGGAUCCCGGGGUCAUGCCCUGAGGCAAAGGCAGAUGCUCAACCCCUGAGCCCCCCCAGGCACCAGAGGUUGGGUUUCUCCUGGUGCGUGUAUGUGUGUGUGCAAACAGCCAAGCCUUUGCACCCUCCUCUGGGCGCAGAGUCCGCAGGCAGGCAGCUGCGACGGCCCCGGGGCAGGGGGUCUUGGCAAAGGCCUGCCCUGCAGCUGUACUUCCUGUGCUGCUUUUCCGUUCACCUUUGCCCAGAGGCCGGGGCACGUGGGCCAGGGCUGGCGCAGAGGGGAGGUCAGUGGGCCCCAAGCCCCAGGAGGAAGCCCGCCUUCCCAGUGACAGCGCCCAGGGGUGUUUGCUCCUCAGCACUGAGUAACCUCGCAACAUGUUAUUAAGAAAAAUCUCGAACAUACAGUGAUGUUGAGCGAAUUUCAGAGUAGACCUUCGUGCAUUCACCACUUAGACUUUCUUCUUCCCGUGUGACUGUUUCAUCGCCUCCGUGGCGUUCACCCACCCACUCCUCAUAGGUCUCGUGAGCACGUCUGGUGCAGCAGCUCAUUGGCCAGAGACCCCUGCAGUGUCCUGGGUGCACCUGUGGCCUUUAUGGGCUGCCUGUGCCUGGGAGCCUGAACCCCUCAGGGCACAAGAACAGGGCCACCUGGCAGCAACUGUUCCCCUGCGCUUUCCCAAGUCACCCCCCAAGGCCCAGGGACAGUAGACUCUCCUGAUCUUUAAAAAACCAUCUUUAACCAAAGGGGGACGUUUUGUAAGUGCCAAGGUCAGAUCUAGAUUUCCUGGCCGAGUUCAAGAGCUCCAGUGAUGCCGGACACAGCCGAACCCAGGCUCACACAUCCCAAAAAUGUAAUCCUAAGACCUUGGUUGUUUUUUUUUU